AUGCCACCCUCGACGCGUAUCCCCGCGCUCCUCCAACCCUACGUCCAACUACCACCGAACGACUCGAUCCUCCUGCUCACGAGCACCCUCGGCGCGAGCGCAAACUGGCUGCUCAUCCGCUUCCUCUGCCAUGAGCUGAGCACACAAGAUGGCGGGGAUGACGAGGGGCACAACGUUGUCCUCGUCUCUUGGAUGAGGGAAUACGACUUCUGGAGGCAGGAGGCGCGGAAGGGCGCGGCGCUUGAUUUGGACAAGAUGAGGAGGGAGGGACGGUUUGCUUUUGUGGAUGGGCUGGGUGCUGGGGGGGAUGCGAUGGAUGGUGCGGUGGAGGGAUCGUUGGGGGUUGAUGCGCAUGCGAUAUCACGGGUUCCAGUGUUGAAUGCGAUAAGAGGGCCACAGAUAUUGCCUGCGCGAGGACCACCUGGACGGAUAGUACCUGCGAGAGGGCCUCCUCCAGCAGCUCCCGCGGCGUCACCAACUUCACCACCAGCUACGAGUACCGCGAACGGCCCAGCAAGUGCAACCCAAAGCACGCCAGGUCAUUAUAUACUCAAGAGCCUCGAGAUCGCGGCCAUCAAGUCUUCCAUCUCCAGCGCCAUUUCCCCACUCGCUACGUCUACCGCUCGAAAGACGCUCCUCAUCUUCGACAACCCAGAUCUCCUCCUCGCGCUGAACCCAGCCAUCACACCCUCCCACUUUACCACCCUCAUGCUGCAGCUCCAUACGCUACCGAACGUGACCCAUAUCCUCACGCACCUACAGGCCGACAACCCGCUGCUUAGUCUCUCCACACCCCCACAGCCGCUCGAAGUAGCGCAUCAUAAUUUGGUUGUUAAGUGCGCACAUAUGAGCAGACGGAUACUGGGUGUCAGAGUAUUAGACACUGGCGUUGCGAGGGAUGUAAGCGGCGUAAUACGCAUCACUGAGCAGAGGAAACAAUGGUUUGAUGUUGGCUUUGGUGUUGAGGGGGAUAAGGAGGGGGAUGGGGGGAGAGGGAAGGAGUUCUUGUAUCAGGUUAAGAGUGAUGGGAGUGUUAGGGUGUUUGAGAGGGGUGCUGGGGGUGAGGGCUGA